GUCAAAAACUCAGCAGUAGCGAUAGUACGGUCAAAAUCGUAACAUAAUCAAUAUGGCGGCAGAUAGUGAUAAAAAUAAAAUGUCAAGACUAUUAAAUUUAGCACGGAAAUUCAAUUGUUUCUAUUUAUCAGGUCUAUACAAUGGCGAGUGUCGUCCAUUUGUCGUGGAUGGGCUUCAAGUUGGUGUUAUUAGACCCGAUGUUAUGAAAGAAUUGUUUAAAUAUCCAGAAGUAUUUGUGAUUAAAGACAAUGAAAAGUCGAAAAUGGUUGAAUUGAAUCCAGCGUUUCGUGAUUACAACGAACGAACGGAGCAUGUUGAUCGGGUAUUACGGCAAUUUCGACAAGAUGACGUCUUUGUAGCACUCAAAGGUUGGCGAGACGAGUUUUAUGAUGUAAAGGCUGGUCAUAAGGCGCUAUUGAAAAUGGAUCGAUCGGCCACAUGUUUGUUUGGUAUUCGCAAUUAUGGUGUUGACAUAAAUGGCUAUGUACGGCAUCCAACAUUAGGCUUGUGUAUUUGGUUGCAACAACGAUCGGAUACCAAACAAACAUGGCCAGGAAAAUGGGACAAUAUGGUUGGCGGUGGUUUAUCUGUUGGCUAUGGCAUUGAAGAGACGGCCGUUAAAGAAGCAGCCGAAGAGGCAUCCAUUCCAAGCGAUUUAGUCAAAAAUAUUGUAUCAGCCGGAUGUGUUUCAUUCCUAUUCGAAAGCAAUCGCGGCAUUUUUCCAAACACUGAAUUUGUAUUCGAUUUAGAAUUACCGGUCGACUUUAUACCAACGAAUGCCGAUGGUGAGGUGCAAGCAUUCCAACUUCUGCCGGCCAACGAAUGCCUAGAAAAAUUAUUCUCGCCCGAAUUCAAAACAACAAGCUGCCCGGUUGUUAUUGAUUUUUUGAUUAGGCACGGUGUCAUCACACCCGAAAAUGAGAAAAACUUUACCGAAUUGGUUGAAUUGCUUCACGUUCCAUUGCAGACGCUUUAUAACUUUGGUUCGGCCACCAAUGGCCGAGACAUUUACGGAAACAUCGAAAAUGGCCACAAUAAUAAAAUCUAAAUCAUUUGACACACAGCACUUGAAAUCAAUUCAUGUUUGCCUACAUUUUCAUUUGCUUGUUGUUCGUUACAAUAUAUAUAAAUAUAUAUAUUACCAAAUGGUAUUUUACUUUUUAAUCAAAAGGAUCAUUUCCGAAAUAUUUUUUCAAAAUAAGAAUUUAAUAAAAACAAAAAGACACACAUACACACACCCGGAAAUCUAAGCAUUCAAUUGAGAGAAACACACAAACACACACACAUUUUUUUUUGUGGUAGCAAACGGUUUCGCAAAUAUUUAUUAAUCUUUAUUUUAAAUGAUAAUUUUAUUAUUUAUUUGUAUUGGCUAUGUAUAACUAAAUGAAGACAAACAAAAAAAAAUACUGCCAACAUCAACUUGAUGAAUGAAAACUAUCCAUUAACGAAAUACUCGCGCAUAAUUGAUUGUUUAUAUUUGAAUCAAUGUGCAUGUUAUACGUAUAUGUAGUUGAACAUUUUCUUUCGAAAAACGUGGACGCUAUCAAUUUUUCCAUUCGACAAUUUUGAACGAUACCUCUUUUUUUUCCAAAUUGUUUAUUGAUGCUUAUUUGUUGUGAAAAUCAAUGUUGAACAAAACAAUAUUUCUUGAAACAAAAACACAAAAAUAGUUGACAUUGACAUUUAAAGCAAAUGAACCCAAAGAAAAAUAAAAAAAAUGUAUUUAUUCAAACAAAAAAAAAAAGAAUACUGUAGCAGUACGAAAUCGCAUAUAAUUUGAGCAAUAAAUAGAUUUUGAAUCGUUAGUCAAAGAAAACAAAAAGAAAUUUAACCGCAGAAAAGAAAAAACUUGUAUAAUCGACCAUUGUAGAGCAUGUAGCAUCAAAAUGUGAGUUUUCAGGGAGAAAUUGGUGGUUGUUUUGUGUGCAAAUCGACAAAAUAAAACUAAACAUUCAGUAGUAGAGAUUCACUUGUGAUUGGUAUACCGUAUAACACACAGAUUUAAAAACGAAAACAUGAUGGGACGUAAUCGUAACGAAAUUCGAUAGAAACAUUUAACAAUAUGGGCCUUUCUUCUCUAUUUUCACGAGAUAAACGAUUUGUUUAGGUAGAAAUAAAACAAAAACGAAUAGAUUUUCAUAUGGACUUUUUGUGUUCUUUGUACGGAAAUCAAUGUUUUUAUAUAUUGUAUUUAACGAAUUGUAGAUUGAUUAGUGGUUCUUAGCACUUUGAUAUUGACUGUUUUUUUGUUCUUUCUUCCUCUUUUUUUUUGAUUAAAUAUGAAAUUAGUUGCUUGAAUGAUUUCCGAUGCACAAUUUAAACAUUCAACUCACACUUUUCAAUCGAUUCAAUUUCUCCUCAAACUUUUCAAACUAGAUUUUUAGUGACAAAAAUAAUAAUAAUAUUAAAACAAAACGAUUUAGCAAGAGUUCUAAGACUAUGGAAUAGCUUAGAAAUAAUACUAUUUAUUGAAUAAAGUAUUAAAUUACACUAUACGAUUUCAAAUUCCCUGAA